AUGAAGCAGGCUGUUCUUCGCUGGAGUAAAAAACUGGCUAGCAAGAAGCAUGCGAGAGGAAGCAGGGGCAUGAAAGCGGCUACAAUGCAGAGGAAAGCGACAAGAAGGAGCCAGGCAGGUCCUGAGGAGAUCUGGGAGGCUCCUCUUCAUCAGAGGAUUAAGAAAACCUCUCUUUCUGAGUGGAGCAGAUGGGAGGUGAGUGACCAGGGGGACUUGGGGCUGUGGUUCACUUUCCAGGUCAUCUCUGCUCAAAGGCAGAAAGGAUAGCCAUGAUUAUUAUUUGUCACAGGUGGCAGGGAUGCAUCAAAGGAUGCAUAAGUGGGACCUGCAACAAAUUGUUGCAGCAUGGACCUGUUCAAGAUUCCCCCCCCCCCAGGCCAGCCAGCUAUGCCCUGUCCCAGGACACUCCAUUCCAUUUCACCUCCCCCAACCCUGUUUUCUCUCCCCCUGCCCACCCCAGCAGUCAAUAUUCCAUGCCAAAUGGGUACACUCAGUCUUCGUUGGACUGCUUUUGGUUUUUCUUCCCUCUCCCUUUAAGGGGUUUAUAUUUGUGAAUAUUUUUUUGAACUUCUGCAAAUCUCUGGGUUCCCCCGAUCCUGCUUCCUCCUUUCCCUUAUGUAGGAAUGUUGCCAUUUUGGCUGCAUAAGGAUUCACACGGUGAAUGAGUUUAGUGUUAGUACAUUGGAUGAGAGCAACAGACACGCUGUAUCCCUGCCGGUACGCUGCUAUUACACUAUGAAUUUUAGACAGUAAAGCAACACGAGGCAGGGAUCUGUCUUCUUAUUGUUCCGCUGUAAGUGCCCAGCACAAUGAACGUAUCAGUAGUAGUAAUGCAACCAACAACAGCAGUAAAGAUGGUGGUGAUGACGCCAGCCACUGUGUAGCUGAGAAACUCCAGAGUCCAACCCUUCUUGUUCAUAGAAAUACAGCGGUACCUCGGGUUACAUACGCUUCAGGUUACAGACUCCGCUAACCCAGAAAUAGUACCUCGGGUUAAGAACUUUGCUUCAGGAUGAGAACAGAAAUUGUGCUCUGGCGGCGUGGCAGCAGCGGGAGGCCCCAUUAGCUAAAGUGGUGCUUCAGGUUAAGAACAGUAUCAGGUUAAGAACGGACCUCCCGAACGAAUUAAGUACUUAACCUAAGGUACCACUGUACUGCCAGUCCAUCUAAACUGCCUAGACAAUUUGAUGCCACCCAGAUGUUUUGGUCUACAACUGCCGCCAACCCCAGCCAGUAUGGCCAAUGGUCAGGGAUGAUGGGAGUUGUAGUCCAUAUUUGGAGGGGCACCAUGUUGGCUACACUAAAUGGCAGAGGCUUUUCAGAAUCUCGGACAGGAGGUUUUCCCAGCCCUUACCUGCACAUGCCGGGAAUUGAACCUUGCAAAGCCUGUGCUCCUCAACUGAGCUACGGUCUUUCUUCUUCAACGGAAUGGUUUUCUGCCAUCUUGCUCCAGGCUAGUGCAAGGCUAAUUCCACAGAAUAUUUCACCAAUAAUCCAUAACAGUAGACAAAUGCUGGAUUAGAUGGGCCAAUAGUCUAAGUUGGUUUAAGGCAGAUUCCCAUGUCCCCCCUCAACUUUCUCAUUGCUGAUACAUAUCUCUGUUUUCCUGUUUCUGCUUCUUAUUUAUUUUUCAAAUGCUGCAAAUAGAACCUGCCUCCUGACAACAAAGAUAACAAAAAGAAAAAUAGCUCUCAUUAAGCUAAAUCCAGAAUGAACACAUUUAAAGGCAUCAAGCACUUUUAGUCAGGAAAUCAACAGGUAGAGGAGAAACAAUCAUUGCAUAUCAAGGCUGCAAGGGUCCUAUUUUCUAAAGCCUCAUUCAAAGUGGUACCCACCUUUUGCUUCGGACAGGGUGAUCCAUUACCCUUUGUAACAGCUUGUCAUUGAAAACAUCUGUGUGCCCUAUGAUAAAAGCACAUUUGUCAUGUUUAAAGGACUUAGAUGGGCUUUAUCUAAGAAGGAGCUGUCUAACAGCAAUUUGAGUCCAUUGUGAAAGGCAGAGAUUUCUUAGGUUUGAUACUGUUUGCUUUGCAUAAAUUGUCAGCCACGGCCUGCAAAUAUGCUGAUAAGCUGGCCAAUCAGUGACCUAGACAAAAGAAGUCUGUGCUCCUCAUUCAUCACAUAGAAGUGGGGAAUUGCAAUAACCCAACUAAAGAGAUGUCCAUCCAUCCAGGCAUAUUAGAAAACCAUUUAUUAAGAACUGACACCAUUUAAUAAGAACUAAAAAGUCCACAAUAACUAGUGUUCUAGCCGUGGCAGUAUCUCCUAAAUUGCUUUCUUAAAAUGAAUUCCAUUGUCCUAAAUGAUCUCUUAUUGGAUGCAACAAGUAGCGGCUCUGGAUGAAGAUCACAAUCCCAUUGGCAUCCAAAGAAGCAGCCAGCCAUUGCAGAAUCAUAGAAUUGUAUGGUUGGAAGGAACCAUGAAGGGUCAUCUAGUCCAACCCACUGCAAUACAAGAAUCGCUUUGCACAACCCUGAGAUUAAGAGUCUCAUGCUCUCCCGACUGAGCUCUCCCGCAGAAGGUCUUUAGAAUACCAUGGAGAUCCAAAUUCAUAUACAGUACAGUGAAUCAUACCAUUUUGCUUCCAGGCUCAAAUCAAAAUGCUGGUCUUAAUCUUCAAAGCCCUAAAUGGCUGGGGACCUUCUCCUGCAUGGAGCUGUCCAAAAUUUAACCAUCUGUUUCAAAGUGCCCUUCCAGGUGGAAUUAGGUGGGUAAUAACUGCUCAUUGAGAGCCCCUGUUAUCCCGUUUGUGGACUGUUUUGUUAGUAGUUUCGGGUGUCAGAGUUUGUGAGUGUCACGCACUCAUAAUUUCUAGAUUUAGUAAGUGUUAGAAUGUAAUCAAUGCCUGGAGAGUUAAACUGGAAAGCACACUCUUAAUAGCCACACUUAGCUUCCCAUGUCCAGCCUGAUAAUGGCCAAGUCAUUAAGCAAACAAAGACAGGGUGGUGACCCAUCAGGAAAGCCAUCAAGAAGGCAAACACUUUCUGCUGGAUGUGGAGGGAUAGGGGUAGGGGUAGGGGUUGAGAUCAGGGUUAGCUAGAAAAACAAAGGCCAGCAGUGGAGCUUCAGGUUAGCAGCUUUUGCUUGAUGUGAGCUGGAGGAAAAUCAUUUCAGUUUGUUAAAGUCGGAAAGCUGGUGAGAGGGCCACAGCCACAUUUUGGAGCAUGUUUGAUUUCUGUUUGUUUCUGAGGCUUGCAGCAACAGAAGAGCCAGAACCCUCUUAGAGUGUAAUCCUGGGAGCCCGUCCAUCAUAGGUUCAGGUUGUAUAUAAGUGUAAGUAAACCAUAUAUCAUAAAGACAUCACUGUCUCCGCUGUGCCUCAUUCCCAAAGGAAACACAAACCCUGGACCCCUGGAAUCUCGCAACACUCAGAGAUUGGGGUGGCAUGUAACAGUAUGUUUUUAAAGAAGAAACAAAGAGGGGAGGAAACGGGCGCCACACACCCCAUACUUUUAAAGCACCCAAGGAAUGCUGGGAACUGUAGCUUGCACCUCACAAACCUAUGAUUUCUAGCACCUAUUGCAAGCUACAGUUUACAGGAUUUUUUUGGGGGGGGUUAAAAUAGAUGGUGUGUGUGUACACACCCAGGAUAGAAAAAAGAGUGAAAGGAGAAUGACUGUGAGACAGAGGGAGGAAGAGAAACAUUUCUACGGUAACAAGCUUGGGGAUUAGUGGUCUUUGGUCUAAAAAGACUGCUAGCAAACCUCUCAGUCCUUUCUUCUUUCUUUACAGCUGGUGGCUAUCAUUGGUUCCAUCUUUCUUCUGCUUUACAUCAUGCUGUGUUAUGAGAACUUCCAUUUCCAUGUGGCUCACAUGUAUGCUCAUCUAGGGUACCCCAGUGCCCAGCACAUUGUGGGACAGAGAUACCUAAAAGGUAAUAUUUAACUUUGGUCGUCAUCAGAUGACUUCUGUGCCCAAUUAGCAACCAUUGAAUUUGUGAAAAGGACAUUAGUGCAGGAUCCUGCCCUGUUCACACAGAUCUAGGCUACCCAUGACUGAACUUGAACUUCUUUUUUUGCACCAAAUAGAGAACAAGAAUGUUGGAAAACAUUAGAUAAAAUAAUCUGGGCUUCUUGAUUAGAUGGAAGAUCUCUGAGUGUACAUGGACCCUUUCACAUAUUAGGCUGAAUGUGUGGGCUUGCGGCAGCUGUUACACAGCAGGAUCACAGGUACAUCGUGGUUCCACUUCUGUAUUUUCAGCUACUGUGAUAGCUGCCCUCAAUAUUUUGGAUAAUAGGGGUAGGCUUUUCACCUAACAGGCCUGUAUUGUGAGGUUGUCAACUGAUGGUCUGGCUUGUUGCUUUAAUGGCAACUUGUGGAAAUGAGUUUUUCAAAGCAUGGAGAUCUUCAGUAUCACCACCAUCUGCUAAGGUCUGUAAACCAAGCUGCCCUUAACAUUGCAGUAGCAAGGACCAGUAAAAAAAAGUUAGCAACCAUAUUGAUUGUGACUUUGCCUCAUUGCUAGGAGCUGGUGUGGAAAAGAAUGAAGAGAAAGCCAUGCAGUGGUUCAGGUGAGAAGUGGGUAAUGAUUCGUUCUAUUGUUGUUGUUGGCAUCCGUCUGUCUCAGGAGACAAUGGAGGAGUGAACCUUUGGGGCUGAAGUCAAACUGUUGGAAGUUUGCAGUGCCUGCUGUGGCUAUUUAUUAAAAAUAAAUAAAUCCAUAGCUGUCCAGAGUUCCAGGGCCAAUGGGAGGAACAGCAAAGUAACCAUUUCCUGGUAUUUUGGUUUCUAAAACUCCCCUGUUUAUGAAAAGGCAUAGUGAGGGAUCUGAGGGCUCAAUUCCAACAACAAACAGCCAUCUCCAUUGGGAUGGCCAAAAGCAAAGGGCUCCUGAGCAUUUAACAGUUCUUUGUAGAUACUGUAACGUGGGCAAGUGCAUCUCGUGAAGAAGAAGUAAGAAUUAAAUGGCUGUACCUGUCGAUAUUGCAAUUAGGUAAUUUUAGCCUCUGGGUCUGGGAUAGCUAUCCAUGGGAUAGCUCAGUUGGUAGAGUAUGAGAUCCUUAACCUCAGGGUCAUGGGUUCAAGCCCCACCUUGAGCAAAGGAUUCCUGCAUUGCAGUGGGUUGAACUAGAUGGCCCUUGUGCCUUCCAACUCUACAAUCCUAUGAUUCUAUGAAAUAGUCUUAAGAGGGUUUCCCUCACAUACAUUUUGAUGUGUCAAGCCAUUCCUGCAUUUGGAGGUCCUCCUGCUCAAUCCUGGACAUCUGCCCCAAAGCCCUGCCUUGAUGGUACCACUAACACCUGCUGAAUUUAAGAACAUAAGAAGAGCUCAGCUGGAUCAGACCAAAGGCCCAUUUUGCCUCACACUCUGUUCUAACAGUGGUCAACCAGAUGGCCUUGGAAAGCCUGCAAACUGAACCUGAGUGCAACAGCACUUUCCUCACCUGCGACUCCCAGAAUCUGGGAUUCAAAGGCAUAUGGGCAGUAGAACAUAGCCAACGUGUCUAGUAGCCAUGGAUAGUAGCUAAAUCCCUUUGUCCUUGAUCGCCCUUCCUCUGCUAAAUCCCGCAGCUGGGCAUGCUCAACCUAUCUCUUCAACAUGCUUCCUAAAUGUUUCCCCAUUAAGCACCUUGAUAUGAAGAAGUAAUCGAUGAGAAUAAUUUAUUCUAGCUGUAGUAAUUGAGCUUAUAGCCAUCUGGAGAGCGGUUUGAAGGUCCCACGCCAGCAGGAAGUCCAGAUGGGACAGGGUUUUUUUUAGGGUGGCCAGUUAUGCAUUGCCAAAACAGAUUUGUAUAGCCAAAAAGAAGAGGACAAAGGAGGAUGUCAGUUUGCACAUGGUAAUUUAUAAGUAUAGACGCAAAUUUAGAAAUAAUUACCAUGAUUUAAAUAAAAAUACAAUACAUCUCAUUACAGUACAGAAGACACUAGGUGACCUGUGUGCCUGCUCAGUCUGUUGACCAGGCACUCCUGACUGUGGAUGGGCAACUUCAAGGCUUCUACUCUCUUAUUUUAUGGUUCCUUAACUGCAAACUAGACUUGGACUGGACAGUCCUCAAAUUGAGGAUGCCUUCAAAUAAAGGGCUGUUCUCUAUCAGGCCUUCAAAAUGGAGGUCUAGUCUCUGUAAAAUAGGACACAUGGUUACCAUAAGAUUUCUUUGGACUUAUACUGCCUGCACUUAAUUUACCUCAUAUUCUGGUGUGGGAUCUUUGGGCCUAGCUAGGUAUGGAUGCGUAACACACAUAUGUUUAAAGCCCCCACUCCACCCCCAAGAAUUCUGGGACCUAUAGUUGGUUAAGGGUGUGGGGAUUCUAGUUCUGAGAGGGGUAAACUACAGUUCCCAGAAUUCUCCCCCAAUCUCCCUCACAAGUUGGUGUCUCUGGUGUGGCAGUAAAGGUGUUUCAAGCAUGCCCCUGUUUCAUCAGUGAAAUGUUGGAAGGUGCCACAUUCUGCAAGUUUGUCUGACCUGGUCACCAUGUUGACCCUAAUUUGGAGCCUCUUUCCUUCGUCUUCUCUCUUUCAGACAAGCAGCAGAGCAAGGCCACCCACACUCCUCUUUCAACCUGGCUGUGGGGAAACUGAAGAACAUGACGACUAUCCUUGAAGAAGGGUAUGUUUCAUUUCUUUCUGCUGCUAGGGCAAUAGUCAAUCAAAGUUCUCCCUUCUCCCUUUGAGAGCCAGUGUAGUGUAGUGGUUAAGAGCGGUAGUCUCGUAAUCUGGGGAACUGGGUUCGCGUCUCCGCUCCUCCACAUGCAGCUGCUGGGUGACCUUGGGCCAGUCACACUUCUUUGAAGUCUCUCAGCCCCACUCACCUCACAGAGUGUUUGUUGUGGAGGAGGAAGGGAAAGGAGAAUGUUAGCCGCUUUGAGACUCCUUAAAGGGAGUGAAAGGCAGGAUAUCAAAUCCAAACUCUUCUUCUUCUUCUUCUCCUCCAUGAACAUGUUCUUGACCAACCCUCCUUGUCUUUCCCUGACUAGAAAGUUUCCUUAAAUUCUCAUUGCGCUUCUUCUGUCUGGAUACAGGACAGAAUGGGGGCGUGAGUAUGCAUAACCUAUAGCACAAAGAUUACAAUUCAUGUACUUUUGCCUCUGUCCACUGCCAGCAUGUGUCCCCCAGAAAACUAGCCAGAUGGGAAUGCAGCCCUUGUGCUGAACAAGGUUCCUUGUCUCUCUUUGAAGUGCUGUUCAGUCCAAGUGUGACUUAAAGAUAAAGAACCCCAAGAAGGGAGAGCAGGGCUGGAUCUAGACACAUCAAAGAAGUGUUUCAAUUAAACACGUUGUAAAUUUAAGGUAGGGUUGCCCUAUGUCCUCUUUUCCCAGGACUCAUCCUCUUUUUCAUGAUGAGAGUCGUCACAGAGAUCCAUAAUUAAAAGCAGAAGUUGGCAAAGGUCUCCUCUUUUUUGCUCUUCAAAAUAUGGCAACCCUAACGGGGAAACCCGGUAGGGAAAGACGGGACUUCACAGCGCCAUCUGGUGUCACGGUGUUAUAUUGCAUGUACAACACUUUUUGUUUACCAAUCUAGCUGAGUCCCAGGAGGGGGCUUCAAGUUGCCCAUCAACAAGUAGCUCCCCACAGCAGACUAAGCAGGCAUGCACCUACUGUUACUUUGGUCACAGUCUUGCUCUUCACUCUGGUGAGGUGUAUUAUUAUUUUUGUUUAAAUUCUGCUCGUUAUUUCUUAAUUUGCAUUGUAUACAAUAGCAUGUGCAAAUGUUAUGCAGAUCUGCACCAGUCUUUACCUUAUUUUUUCGGCAUCGGAUACACCAAUGGGCACCACUACAAACGUAUAGAUAAUGAAGAAGUGACGCAAGCACAAAAAUACCUAUUCCCACACUGUUCUCAUUUCUCCUCUCUGUCUGCCUGUUUAUCUGAUAAUGAUUGCAUAUCUUCCAGGGAUGUAGAAAAGCUUCUGAAUGUAGCUGCUGGUCAUGGACUCCAAGAGGCCCAAAAUCUCCUGGAUAACAUCCGAAACAGGCAUCUACCCUGA